UGCCCAUCGCUUUCUUCUUCAAUCUUCAUCGCCGCGCGCCGCUGCGGCAGCUAUAGACCUAUAGUGCUACUGCUAUCCACGGCGUCGAGCGCGAGCCAAACAAAUCCUCGCCUCCGACCGUUGCGCUGCCUCGUUCCUCUUAUCUCUCCUAAGCCCAAUGUCCUACUCCCAUCCGUACAUGCAUGAUGCAUCCCGUCGUCGUCCUUGCCGGUUUCGCUUCCGGAGGGGCCCGCCAGCCACCGCUCAUCUCAUGGAGCGCGCCAUCGAGCUGGAGGAUCUACUGGCAAGUGGUACGUGGGCAUUUGGUACAACAAAAUCUCAGUGCAAACAGUUGUAUGGGUGGUUAAUAGGGAAAAACCUGUAUCUGAUCCAUCGUCAUCAAGCCUGUCCAUCUUGGAUGAUGGAAACAUUAUCCUUAGUCAUUCUAAUUCGACCGUCUGGUCAACCAAUUCAACAAAUACAGGUUCCAGUCCCAUGGUUGCUGUGCUCCUUGAUACAGGGAACUUAGUUAUUAGACAGGAGUCCAAUGCUUCAAGUGUGCUCUGGCAAAGUUUCGAUGAUAUCACAGACACAUGGCUCCCAGGUAACAAGCUCAGUCUUAACAAGGUGACUGGAGUGCCAGAAAGGAUGAUCUCUUAGAAAAACCUUGGUGAUCCAGCACCAGGAAUGUUCUCUGUAGAGAUUGAUCCAGAUGGCUCAAACCAGUACAUUAUCUCGUGGAAUAAGUCUGUGGUGUAUUGGGGUACUGGUAAUUGGACUGGCAGUUCAUUUCCUAACAUGCCAGAGUUGUCACCUGCUAAUACCUAUCCCAACACCCCUUACACUUAUAAGUUUGUUAACAAUGACAAGGAGACAUACUUCACCUACAAUGUUACAGAUGAUAGAGUAUUAUCAAGGCAUGCCAUUGGUGUGUCAGGUCAAACUCAGUCUUUGGUAUGGGUAGAGUCAGCACAAGCCUGGGUACUCUAUUUUUCACAACCGAAAGCAAAUUGUGGCGUGUAUGGACUUUGUGGAGUUAAUAGCAAGUGUAGUGGGAGUGCCUUGUCAUCAUGUAGCUGCCUCAAGGGCUUCAGCAUUCGUGAUCCAAAUAGUUGGAAUCUUGGUGAUCAAACUGCUGGUUGUAGGAGAAAUGUCAUGCUGCAAUGCGGAAGCAAGAGUUCAGCAGGAGGACAGCAAGAUAGGUUCUAUACAAUAGGCAGUGUCAAGCUUCCUGACAAAUCACAGAGUAUUGAGGCUACCAGUAUUCACAGCUGCAAAUUGGCUUGCCUGAGUAAUUGUUCCUGUACUGCCUACUCUUAUAAUGGUACUUGUUCACUUUGGCACUCAGAGCUUAUGAACUUGCAAGACAGCACUGAUGGGACUAUGGACUCCAUUUAUAUUCGAUUGGCAGCAUCAGAGCUACCAAAUUCAAGAACCAAGAAAUGGUGGAUUAUUGGGAUUAUCGCUGGUGGAUUUGCUACUCUUGGUCUUGUGGUGAUAGUUUUUUAUUCUCUCCAUGGGAGAAGACGGAUUAGUAGUAUGAAUCACACUGAUGGGUCUCUGAUCACUUUCAAAUACAGCGAUCUUCAAAUCCUAACCAAAAACUUUUCUGAGAGACUGGGUGUGGGGUCUUUCGGCUCUGUGUUCAAAGGGGCUUUACCAGAUACAACUGCAAUGGCAGUUAAGAAGCUUGAGGGUGUCCGUCAGGGAGAGAAGCAAUUCCGGGCAGAAGUGAGCACUAUUGGAACUAUUCAUCACAUCAAUUUGAUUCAACUACUUGGGUUUUGUUCUGAAGGGGCAAAGAGAUUGCUUGUCUAUGAAUAUAUGCCCAAUGGUUCAUUGGACCAUCAUCUAUUCGGGAGUACCGGUGUGUCAUUAAGUUGGAGCACAAGAUAUCAAAUUGCUGCUGGAAUCGCUAAAGGAUUAGCUUAUCUGCAUGAGAAAUGCAGGGAUUGCAUCAUACAUUGUGAUAUCAAGCCCCAGAAUAUAUUGCUGGACUCAUCAUUUACUCCGAAGGUGGCGGACUUUGGAAUGGCAAAGCUCUUAGGCCGGGAUUUUAGUAGGGUUUUAACGUCAAUGAGAGGCACCAUAGGUUAUCUUGCACCAGAGUGGAUAAGCGGUGAGGCCAUCACAACAAAGGCAGAUGUUUUCAGCUACGGAAUGAUGCUUUUCGAGAUCAUAUCUGGAAAGAGGAACGGUAUGCAUGGAGGCUCAUUCUUUCCAGUGUUAGUUGCGAGGGAGCUUGUAGAAGGAGAGUUGCACAAGUUGUUUGGUUCUGAAUCAAGUGAUGACAUGAACCUAGGCGAGCUUGAUAGGGCAUGCAAGGUUGCUUGUUGGUGCGUUCAAGACAGUGAGAGCUCCAGGCCGACAAUGGGGGAAAUCGUUCAGAUCCUAGAAGGACUGGUAGAUGUUGAAAUGCCACCAGUUCCAAGAUAUCUUCAGGUUCUUGGUCAAGGUGUGAAAUCAUAUGAAAUUUCUUCUGAGAUGAAUCAAGCUAGUAACUAGGCCUCUGCACCAAGAAAUACUCCAUUUCUGUGUUACCUACGAUGUUUGAUCUGAUGUGCUAAUUUAGCCAUGUUAAUUGUUUGAUGUUGUAUGUGAUAGUAAUCUAUGUACGGCAAUAAAAACCUUCCAGUGAUCAGUCGGAUGUGUUUGUUUGGUACCUUCAGCAGUGAACAGACAUUUGUACAUUUGAGAUACGAAAAACUGUAUCGGCUCUAUACUACUGUACUGAUAUUAUCCUUUUUCCA